AUGCCCACCAUGCUAGGCCUCACCAACGGAGGAGGACGCUCGGCGUCGCAGUCGUCGUCGGACCAGGACGACGAGCCCAAGAAGAAGCCCCUCAACACCAUCAGCCGGCGCAACCACGCAGACGCCCUCAACAUGGAGACGCUGCUUUGGCGGGCAAUCUGCGACGAUCCGCGGUCCGCGGGCGAGUACAUCGCCGACGACUGCGUCAUGCUCAACCCCGUCAGCUUCGGCACCGACGACAUGAUGGAGAGCAAGGAGGACAUCAUGAAGCAGCUCAAGCGCAGCGAGAGGUGGGCCGGCUUCAAGAUUGGCGACGACAAGCAGGUCGUCGAGGCUGGGCUCAUGGCCGUGACCAACCUCUACCGCAUCGCCCUCUUCCGUCAGACCAAGAAGGGUCCCGAGCAGGUCGACGCCUUGGUCCACUCUUGCUGGAGGCAGAACGCCGGUGCCGAUUGGCACCUGGUCAGCCACCUAGUUUCGUAUGCCGACUGA